AUGAACCACAACUAUGUGACAGAGGAGAAGGGCAUGACUGAACAAGCGGUGGAGGGGAGGAAUUCUCACCUCCUGUUCUUUCUCUGUUUUGCAGGUUACCGUUGUUUUAAGGCUGUACUCUUCCUCACGGGGCUCAUGUUUGGUUCUGUAAUCAUCUUCCUGCUCUGUUACAAGGAGCGAGUAUUGGACACGCAGCUGAGCGUUGAGGCCAGCGUGGGCAUUGGCCUGGGCAUCGGCACUCUGUGUGGCCUGGUGACCAUGUUGGUACGCAGCGUUGGCCUUUUCAUGGUGGGGCUGCUCCUGGGCCUGCUGGUGGGCAUCGGGACCCUGAUAGGAAUGGAGGAGCUGUCGUCCAACCCCCCGCGGUCAGUAUGGGUGCCCCUGGGCGUCCUGCUGGGGCUGGGCAUGCUGUUCGCUGUCCUCACCCUGCAGUGGCAGAGAUGCUUCACCACCCUCUCCACGGCCGUGUUUGGGGCUGCAGUGAUAGUUGUGGCUACGGAUUAUUUCGUGGAGCUCUUCGCGCUGGUGAGGUACAUUUACGAGCGGGUGAAAACGGGCCCCCGGGAGCCAGUGUGCUGGACGACGUGGGUGGUCCUGGGAGCCUGGCCUGCUCUCGCCCUGCUGGGUGUUUUGGUGCAAUGGAGAGUGACGGCAGAGGGCUACUCCCACACGAAGGUGAUGAUCAGUCGCCAGCAGCGGCGAGUUCAGCUUAUGCGUAUACGUCAGAAGGAGGAGAGGAGGGAGAGCAGCAGGAAGAAAAAGAGGAAGCAGCCGCAGGACGCACACCACACACAUGCCGCCAAAGCCCUGCACCCAGAGCCCGCCUACCGCAGGAAACCCAACCCUAUACGACGCUUUGAUGGAGAUGUGCUUUCUCCUGUGAGUCCACACACACCAUCCUACACAUACCUACUUGCUCUAACUUAUUCACAUAUAUUGCAGAGCAGGGUGGAACUUAAUGGGAAAGUGACAAAAACGCCGCCAAAACUUAAAAAGAAUGUCCCUGCUGGUCCUUGGCUCUUACAAUCACACCAGUGUGAUUAG